CUCAGGUGGGGCCGCCUGGCCCGCUCGGCUCGCCCCGCGGCGUGAGGCCGCGUCACCUCAGUUCCUCACAGGCGGCGGCGGCUGCGGCGGCGGCUGCGGCAGCGGCAGCGCUACAACUUUUGACAUUUUGGCGGCUGAGCAGCGCGCCGGCACUCCGGGACCGACGGCUGUGGCAGCGGCCGACCUUCGAGGGCCCCUCAGCCGCACCGGCGCUCCCGCCUCCCGCAGUCGGGCGGCCACGAGGCCCGGCCGCGUCCUCCCGCGUCCGCCCGCCCGGCGGCUGCAGCCAUGUCUCGGGGGCCGGAGGAGGUGAACCGGCUCACGGAGAACACCUAUCGGAAUGUUAUGGAACAGUUCAAUCCUGGGCUACGAAAUUUAAUAAACCUAGGAAAAAAUUAUGAAAAAGCUGUUAAUGCUAUGAUCCUUGCAGGAAAAGCCUACUACGACGGAGUGGCCAAGAUCGGUGAGAUUGCCACUGGGUCCCCUGUGUCAACAGAGCUGGGCCAUGUUCUCAUAGAGAUUUCAAGUACCCACAAGAAACUCAAUGAGAGUCUUGAUGAAAACUUCAAAAAAUUCCAUAAAGAGAUUAUACAUGAGCUGGAGAAGAAGACAGAACUUGAUGUAAAAUACAUGAAUGCAACUCUUAAAAGAUACCAAACAGAACAUAGGAAUAAAUUAGAUUCUUUGGAGAAAUCUCAAGCUGAACUGAAGAAGAUCAGAAGAAAAAGUCAAGGAGGACGAAAUGCACUCAAAUAUGAACACAAAGAAAUUGAGUAUGUAGAAACUGUUACUUCUCGCCAGAGCGACAUCCAGAAAUUUAUUGCAGAUGGGUGCAAAGAAGCUCUGCUUGAAGAGAAAAGGCGCUUCUGCUUUCUAGUUGACAAACACUGUAGCUUUGCAAAUCACUUGCAUUAUUAUCAUUUACAGUCUGCAGAAUUACUCAAUUCCAAACUGCCUAGGUGGCAGGAGACCUGUGGCGAUGCUACGAAAGUGCCUGAGAAAAUAAUGAAUAUGAUAGAAGAGAUAAAGACCCCAGUCUCUACCCCAGUGUCCGGAACGCCUCAGCCUUCACCAAUGAUCGAGAGAAGCCACAUGGUUGGGAAAGAUUAUGACACCCUUUCUAAAUAUUCACCAAAGGUGCCCCCAGCUCCUUCUGCCAGAGCGUAUACCAGUCCUUUGAUUGAUAUGUUUAAUAACCCAACAACAGUUGCACAGAAUUCAGAAAAGAUAAAGAAUUCAACAGAUUCUUCAGAUGAUCCCAGUUUACAGCGAUCGGUUUCUGUCGCAACCGGACUGAACAUGAUGAAGAAGCAGAAGGUGAGAACCAUCUUCCCACACACUGCAGGCGCAAACCAGAGCUUGCUUAGCUUCGCCCAGGGAGAUGUCCUCACACUGCUUGUCCCUGAAGAGAAGGACGGCUGGCUUUACGGGGAGCACGACACCACCAAAGUGAGGGGUUGGUUCCCAGCAUCUUACACGAAGUUGCUGGAAGAAGAUGCAAAGGAGGACAUGACUGUGCCCACACCAAGCCCAGCGCCAGUGAGAAGCAUCAGCACGGUGAACUUAUCCGAGAAAAGCAGUGUGGUCAUUCCCCCGCCUGAUUACUUGGAAUGUUUGUCCCUGGGAGCGGCUGCAGAUACAAGAGCAGACAUUUCUAAAAGUACUUCUACCUUUAAAGCACCGGUGUCCAAACCAGAAAGCACGUCUCCUAAUGACACAAAUGGGACAGCAAAGCCGCCUUUUCUCAGUGGAGAAAACCCUUUUGCGACUGUGAAACUCCGGCCGACGGUGACAAACGACCGCUCUGCACCUAUCAUUCGAUGAAGAGCAGGCUGGGAGCUCCAGUCCCUAUGAUGUUAAGUUCUCACUUGCAAAAUGAUAUGUGUUGUUUGGUGUGCGCUUAACUUUGCAAAGCUUCGCCAAAGGGUGCCUGAUUUUAAAUGUAUUCUACUUGAGCAAAUCGACGCAUUUCCUCAAUUUAACAUAGUUGUGUUGAUACAUUUCUGUCUUUAAGAAAAUAGUUUAGUGACCAACUCAAUCAUGAAAAUAUUUUCUUCCCAUUCUGGUCAUCAGAAGACUAUAAAUUUGGUUCUAAUCCUUACUGUAUAAUUUUUUAAAUAUUCUGUGAUUAUUUUUUUAACAGCCAGAAUGAGGGAUAGUCAGUCUGUGCUUUCAUGACGAGCUUUCUGCACCAAAUGAGAGCACACUUUUAUCUUAAAAAGCAUGUGCUCUUACAUAGCAUUAUAACAUUUAUCUAAAGGAAAGGUAUAAAUUGCAUCUUAGCAUGCAUAUCAUAAUUUUAAGCAAUAUAAAUUAUGAGAAUAUGCUAUAAAAUUUAAUUUUUUAACUUAAAAAUUUUUAAUUUUUGUUUAAUCACAUGUAGAGCUACCUAAGAUGGAGACAUCCCCAAGUUUCCCUUGAUUUAGACAUAGCUAUAGAGCACAGAGAGGCUUGCCUGUCCCUGUCACAGCCAUGUUUAGUACUUGAAUAAUCCCAAGAUCUACUGAGUUUGGUAGUUCAGACUCACUAAUUGGAUUCACCAACGAAAACACACCAGGCCGAGCUGCAGGUGAUGGGUGUCACGCACACGUGUAAGGACCCUGCAUGUGUAGACCCAGGGUGUUCUCGCUAAGCUAGUUGACCAAAGCUGCCUCCGUCGCUAGUGUACUCUGAAACCUCUUAGGGGCCAAGUUUCUCCACUUCUGAAUCAGGUGUGUGUAUACACACCCACCCAGCGCAUACAAGGCCACGUGCCUUAGUGGCUGGGAUGUGAAGUUCUGCAUUUCAGCUGAGACCUGCCAUUGUCCCCACAGAACCUGGAGUGUCCCAUAAGAGGGAACUCUGAGUGGGUGGCUGAGCUGAUCUCUGGCUGCCGGGGAUCAGGCCCUAUCCUGGAGGGGUGCAGGGUCCAGCCUCACACCCAGGCCAUUCACUGUGUGCAGGAAAAGAGGGCCUUGUUGGUCACAGCUCCUUUGGUCUCGCUGUAACUAUCAACGUUUUUCUAGAAGCUUGAAACUGCUUAUGGUCAAAUGCUGGUCAAAUGGUCACACUGGUAAACCAGUGUGAGUGAGUGCCACUUCUCGUUCUUCGUCCUGUCCUGGCUAGGUUGGCUAACCAGACAAUGUCCCCAGGAGCUGGGGAGUCAGACCCGCGUGAGGGCCAAGGCAGCUGAGCGGUCAGCAGGCAGUACAGCUGUCUUGAGAAAGGCUGCUCCAGCCAGGAAAGAAAACGCUGAUUUCGUGAAGUGGCCCCACCACUCCUCUCGCUGAGUAAGAGGGGGCUCACGGAAGCCCAGUGUUUUCAGCGGUGGGGGGAGUAAAGAUACAACCUCAGUGUGUUAUGGGGGUGCGGGCCCUGGCCUCCAGAGCGCCACUCUCUGGGAUCCUUUGGCUUCCUUACAGAGAUGAAUAGGUGUGGUCUGCAGGCCCACCCCCCUCCCCCCUCAGUUCUGCACCUUCACAGAAUGGGCCCCGGUGGGCACCCACCUGCCUUACAGGGGAGGGGAGGGCUUGCCUCAGGCCGGGCACAGAGGUGCAUUAUCUGUAAUGUCCAGGUAUUCUGUUUUGUUACAAAAAUAAAACUUUGAAAAGCA